AUGCCCGUCCUCUCGCAGUACGACUAUGUCUUCGCCAUUGGCACCUUCUUUGCCAUGCUCGAUGCCUACAACAACGGUGCCAACGAUGUCGCCAACGCCUGGGCUACCUCCGUCUCCUCCCGCUCCAUCUCCUACCGAUGGGCCAUGGUCUUGGCCACCAUCUUCGAGAUGGUAGGCGCCAUCACAGUCGGUGCACGAACUGCAGACACCAUCAAGAACGGCAUCAUUCCAAACGACGUCUUCCAGGGCAACGCCGGUGUGCAGAUGCUCGCCUUUACAUGCGCUCUCGCCGGUGCCUCCAUCUGGGUCAUGUGGUGCACGCGCCACUCCGCCCACGUCUCCUCCACCUACUCGCUCAUCUCCGCAGUCGCUGGUGUCGGUGUUGCAGUUGCUGGUGCCGACAAGGUCCAAUGGGGCUGGAACGGCGGCAAGGGUCUCGGUGCCAUCUUCGCUGGUCUCGGUAUGGCUCCAGCCAUUGCCGCUGGCUUCGGAGCCACCAUCUACAUGCUCAUCAAGCUCGUCGUCCACAUGCGCACCAACCCAGUGCCAUGGGCUGUCUGGUCGUCGCCAUUCUUCUUCCUCAUCGCCGGUACCCUCUGCACGCUCUCCAUCGUCUACAAGGGAUCGCCAAACCUCAAGCUCAACAAAAAGCCAACAUGGUUCAUCGUCUCCGUCACCAUGGGUACUGGCUUCGGUCUCGCAGUCCUCGCCGCACUCUUCUUCGUGCCAUACGUCCACUGCGUCGUCCUCAAGAAGGACUACACCCUCAAGUGGUACCACAUCUUCCAGGGCCCACUCCUCUUCCGCCGUCCAGCACCAGCUGAUGCCACCGUCGCCAAGGUCCGCAACUACGCCGUUGUCCAGGACGAUGACGACCAGAUCACCGCCGAGACCGAGAUCACCCGCGUCGGCUCCGACAUGACUCCAAACGAGGUCAACGAGAAGUCUCUCGCUCAGGCUGAGGUCAUCGCUGCUCCAGUUGACUACAAGAAGCUCCGCGCCGAGGGCCAGGGGCGUCUCCACCGCAAGCUCCGUCAAGGCAAGGGACCAAUGGGUUGGGCCAUGCGCCUUCUCCACGAUAAUCCAAUGGGCCCAGGUGAGAUCUACGAAGUCAAGAACAUGAAGAUCUUCCUCAAGUGCAUUCCCGCCAUGAUCGUUGUCGGUGCCCUCUACGGUGUGCACUACGACAUCCACGCUGCUCAAUCCGGUAUCCACGGCACUCCCGAAGGUGACCGCAUGGCUCGCGUCUACGGCCACGCCAAGAAGUACCCCAACGAGGUCGAGCACCUGUACUCCUUCGUCCAAGUCCUCACCGCCUGCACCGCCUCUUUCGCCCACGGUGCCAAUGACAUCGGUAACGCUGUCGGUCCAUGGGCUGUCAUUUACACCGCUUGGAAGACCGGCGAGGCUGCUGCCUCCAAGGCUCCAGUCCCAGUCUGGCAACUCGCUGUCCUCUCCGGCGUCAUCUCCCUCGGUCUCAUCACCUACGGCUACAACAUCAUGAAGGUCAUGGGCAACAAGAUCACCUACCACUCCCCCAGCAGAGGUUGCUCCAUGGAGAUGGGUGCCGCCGUCACGGUCCUCAUCUUCUCGCAAUUCUCCCUCCCAGUCUCUACCUCGAUGUGCAUCACUGGCGCCACCGUCGGUGUCGGUCUCUGCAACGGUACCUGGAAAGCAGUCAACUUCCAGCGAGUCGGUCUCCUUGUCUUCUCCUGGAUUAUGACCAUCCCGAUUGCUGGUACUCUUGCAGGUGUGCUGAUGGGUCUGGUGCUUAACGCGCCACACUGGAACUAA